UACAUUAUAACAUAACCUCAAAUUUGAAGACAAAGUUUUCAUUUAAUUUAUUUAUUAUAAUAAAAUAAAGUAACUACUUAAGUCUACUUAAUAACGAUAAAUCAUAAGAGGCAAACCUCAGCAAAAAAAUGAUUCACAAAAAACUUUUACAAGUAGCCCAACUCAGUGCCGUUGGUUUCGCUGGAUAUUAUGCGGGUUCAUAUUCACAAAAACAUAGUGCUAAUCAAUCUCUGGUAGACUCUGUUGUUAUUGAUGGAAGAACCGUGAAGAAUUUACCUGGACUUCCUAUAUUCGGGACCGUGUCUGCUGCGGCCCCAUAUUUUGAUAGUGGAAGUCCAAAAGAUACAAGCAGGGUAUCACAAAUAAUGAAAUAUGGUUUCCCAAGUUUAGAUAAUGUGCGGUCCUAUGAUGACUUUGUGCUGUCAUAUGACAGACGGAACCGGGUUCCUAACUGGGUGUUUGAGCAUCUCACCAAAGAGCACAUUCAGAAGAACCCCAGUGUCGACCGCAGCAAAUGUGACUUCACCCCAGAUGAAAGCAUACAUCCAUUCUUCAGAUCCCUCAACAGUGACUACAAAGGGUCCGGGUUCGACCGGGGACACAUGGCCGCGGCCGGCAACCACCGACUACACCAGAAGCACUGCGAGCAGACCUUCUACCUGACCAACAUGGCUCCACAGGUUGGUGAUGGCUUCAACAGACAUGCGUGGAAUAAUCUAGAGAAACACGUCAGGAAACUAACCAAAGUGUAUGACAAUGUGUACUGCUGCACGGGACCCCUCUACUUGCCAAGGAAAGAGGCCGACGGCAAAUCCUAUGUCCGCUACCAGGUGAUAGGAGGCAACUCGGUGGCGGUGCCCACGCACUUCUACAAGGUGGUGGUGGGCGAGGGCGGCGGCGCGCUGGCGUUGGAGGCCUACGUCAUGCCCAACCAGAGGAUCCCGGAUGAGACGCCUCUUAGCGCUUUUAUGGUACCACCGGAGUCAAUAGAGAAAGCCGCGGGGUUGCUUUUCUUCGACAAACUGAACAGAAGUAAGCUUACCAGUAUCAACGGAAAGAAAGUGUAAUACCGACCUUAUUGGUAGUGGCCAAUGGGGAUGUAGAUGAUGCCACUGUUCGAAAAACUCCCGUUCCAUUAGUUGGUUCAG